AUGUCUGUCACAAACAUUGAACAACUCCCCAAUGAAAUUCUGUUGGAGAUCGACAGAUAUUUGUCACCUUAUGAUGUUCUCACAUUAUUUUUGAAUUUAAAUUCUCGAUUUAAUUUAACAAUAAGUGAUUAUAAAUACAAUUUAGAUUUAUCACAAGAUAUAUCUUUAGAGAAAUUCUCUCAUUUGUGCACAAAUAUCUUGCCAUUAAUCAAUAAUUCUAUAUGUAAACUAACUUUAAAUGAUGGAUAUUCACCAUAUCAAAUGUUUAUAUUCAAUACUAAACAAUAUGAUUAUUCAUUCCCAAAUCUUGUAUGUUUAACAUUGAAAGAAUUUAAUGAUAGUGGAAUCGAUCUCUUAAUUAAUAUGUUAAUAAAAUCAAUUAAUUUAAAAAUAUUAAUAAUUACAUAUACGAAUCAAGAUCAAGGACCUUGGCAUUCAUCAACUAUAACUUUAUUAGAUUAUUAUAUAUUCUGUCAUAAAAAUAAUCUUGAAAAAUUAGAAAUUUCAGCAGCAUCAAACGGGAUCAUUUUAUCUGAACAAUUAUAUCCAAAUUUAUUUAUCAAAGAUGUACGUUUAUCACUUCGAACAUUAGAUGAUUUAUUUAUUUUAUUUGAAAUUAUACCCAUGGUUGAACGUUUAUAUGUACACAUUGAUGAAGAAAAAAUGACAAAACAAUUUUCUUCAACUAAAUUACCUCAAUAUUUAAAAGAAUUUCAUUUUGAAACAACGAACGUAAAAUUAUUAUCAUAUAGUAAUUUAGAAGUAUUAUUGUAUAGUAUACCAACAUUAGAAUCAAUAUCAAUUGAGUUACAAACUGAUGAUUUAGAUUAUUUGAAUGGAAUAUUAUGGCGCUAUCUAUUGUAUUACUUGCCAAAUGUAAGAAAAUUUAAACUUGUUAUUCAAUUAUUUAAUAAUCCUUAUGUGAACUGUCAAGAUGUUUUAGAUACUUUUGCAAUAUCAUCUGAUUUUUGGUUAAAUGAUAUGAAUAUCAAUUUUAAAUGUUAUUCAAGUAAGAAAAAAGUUUAUCUCGAUACAAUUCCUUAUCAUUUUUUGACUGAUGGUGAUUGGUUUAAUACAUCAAUAUUUCAACAAGAAGGGAGUCUUUCAACAGAAAAAUUUAUCCGAGUUUAUCGUCUUACAAUCGAAAGUAGUCAUGAACAAUUAGCAAUAUCAAAAUGGUUUAGUGUUAUUAAUCAAUUUCCAUUUCUUCAAGAGUUAGUUAUAAUUGCAAUGAAUAUUUCGGAACAGCAAGAUGACAACAGUAUGUCUCUCAUUCGUUUACCACAUCUACGUCGAUUCUUCUUCUAUCGUUCAACAUAUAAUAAAACAAAUUUAAAUUUUCUCUCAAAAUUAUUACAAAAAAUGCCUAACUUAAAAACAUUUGGUGUUUAUUAUGCAGAACUUAUGUAUAUUAUUAAACGAAUCAAUGAACCAUGGUUCCAAAAUAUAAAUCAACUUGAUAUAUAUAUAACUAGAAGUGAUGGUCAGAUAAGAAUGAGAGAUAUCGAACAAAUAUCAAAUAUAUUUUUCAACAUUAAACAUUUAAAACUAAUAAUCAAUAGUUAUACAUCAAUGAGACGCACUCAAAGAGAAUGUAUCGUAUGUGAAUUAUUGAAUUGUUUUAAAAAUUUAAUUAGUUUUCAAAUCGGAUGUUCAAAAAACUUAAAACUCAAAUUUUUAAAUGAUGAAUGGUUAAAACAAAAUGUUAAUUCCUUGAAAACUGAACAACGAAUAUUCAAGACAGGAUAUGGCAAAAAUUAUUUCAGUCUGUGGUUAUAG